UGAAAAGCGUGUGAUUGUUUUCCGAAUGAGAGUGUGCGUAGAUAGUAGACUGGGACUAUAUAUUCCCCAUGGAGGGUCUUUUCUCCAUUCAACUGCAAGCAGGACUUGGUGGGACACUACGCUGAGAGCUUUACACUGCGCACUGCAUAGUGGACAUUUGUUGCUCCUCUCCCAAUAUAACAUGGAGGUGGAACCCUCUGUCCAGGAAGCCUGUAACCACGCAGCAUCACUGCUGACAAGUCUAAACCUCCAAAGAGAACGAGCUCAAUUCUGUGACUGUGUGGUCAGACAGAAACAGAGCCCUGGUCAGCUGUACCCUGCACACAGGUGUGUCCUGGCAGCUUCUAGUCCAAUGUUGGCAUCUAUCUUGUCCUCUUCUGGUGUCCUGGUGGAACUGCAUCUGUCUGACUCUGUACUGGAACUUGUUUUGGACUACAUUUACACAGGGGCUUUGCCAUACACUCUUAGCCAACAACAGCAUUACAAUCUGCUUACUGCUGCCUGCUACCUGCAGAUGGAUGACCUACAGGAUGCUCUGAGGACUGAGGUGAAUACUGCAGAUAAUACAAAUGCCUCCACUGGAACUGAGAAUCAGUCAUAUAAAGACAUUAAUACUAAAACUGACACUUGCAGUGCAAAUUCACUGGAGAGAGAGAAUCAAUAUUGUGAUGAUAUAGAUGCAUGUAGAAGUAGCAGUAAAACUGAUGCAUACCACUGUAAUAAUUUAAGCAAUGCAAGUACCAGCUGUAGUUUGACUGAACGUUCUGGACGAAGUGUAAAUGCAGGUAACUGCAGACAAGCAACUUAUCUGAUGCCUCAGGAUUUGAUUCAAAAUAUCCCUGGCGCGGCUGAAGCACAUGGGGUGUCUAUGGAGGAGCCAGCAGCGACAGCUGAGAACAGGAGGCAUUUGUAUUCACGCUGUACUGCUGAGGUGCAAGAGGAAGAGACAAGCAGAGCAGAGAAGACACAGCAACUGGGGUUAACAGUGAAAAGUAAAGCAGGGGAGAAGCAAACUAACAGAAAAGAGGAAGACAAGAUGCUUCGCUCUCCCCUUCCUCAUCUCUCGACCUCCCGCCUUAAGGACAAGUUUUCUCCCUCACAGCACUCCUCCUCAUCACCACAUCUGUGCUGUGGGGCUGUGCCUGUCAUCCGUCACAGCGGUAGAAUAGCUAUGGCAGAAGUGCCUCCUUACCACCCAGUGUCUCAGGCCUCGGUCAACUCCAGCAGGGCCCCUGACUUACGAUUAGGAAGCACAGACAAUGACAGAAUUGUUGAAGGUAUUACCACUGAACACAAAAAUCAUUAUGAGGCACAGAAUCGGGAUUACAGAAACAAUGAAUACCACAUUGGAACACAGAGUUCAGAUCAAUGUGCAAUACAGGAUUUAUGUUACAAAUCCAAUGCAGAUGAAUCAGACAUCAAAAGGCAGGAUUACAAUAGCAGCAAUACAGACAGUGAUGAAUAUAUGGGCAAUGGAUUAUCCCACAUUACAGAUCAUAAUGAUCACCAUGCUCACUGUGAUACAUUUCGGAAUAAGACUCCCACAAAACAUUUUAGUGACGAUUCAGUGCUGCAGAAUAAGGAUUGCAGCAGCUUCACCAAAGAAUCAAGAAAUAAAACUGAUCUAAGUUUUAAGGAUUUCCCCUCCAAACAUCAGCGACUGGAUUGCUCUGAUUGCCACAAUGUCUCGAAUGACCCGAGUGUUGUAGUUCCACUUCCUGUACAGGAAGAAGGAACAGGAAGUGACUGUGAAGAUUUGUGUCCUGAAGGAGAAGUGAAAGAGGAACAGAGUUACUCAAGCAGGUGUCCAACUAAAAUGGAUAGACAGGACAACCACUGUAACCUCUAUGGACCUCGGUACACAAGCACAAAAGACGCCAACUCCAGCCAGCGUGAACAUGACAACAAAGACACGGCUAUGGAUCAUAAUACUGACUGCACAUUUCUGGAACAUGAAAAUAUGUCGGGCAUUGGGCCACACUUAACUUUUACAGUGCCUGUGGACAACAACAUGUCUGAUCCUACAUACAGUGUUGUGGGGCAGUCAUACAGUGGACAUCUUCGUUAUCACUGCCUACCCCAGGAGGACACGCACUUAUCACACAGAGACUCUGAUCACAAACACUCCCACCCUAGCCACCCUGAUCAUUCAGACCAGUCCACUGAUGAGGAGGAGGAGGAGGAUGCCAGUCCAGGUCUCAGUCCUCUGAGUCCUCAGCACUUUGCUACUACAGAUCAGGUUCUACUGCUGGACAUCAGUGCCAAACCUGCAGAGCUGCUCGUGUCCUACAAACACAGAUCUGAUGAAGGGGAGAAAUGGGUUGCAUUAAGCCAAAAGGACACAUGUGGAAAUGGGUAUGGGAAUAAUGAUAGAUUACAACGUAAUGAAGCUGUGUCUUGGGUUGGGGAAACAAAUGUUGAAGAAAGAAAAUCUGUUAGUAAAGAGGAAAACAGGCCAGGAGCUGAGGUUGUACAUAAAGGUGAGAACCAGACCAUUACCUGGACAGCCUGUUCACCUCCUAGUGUGCCAGACUCUGUACAAGCCUCAGUGUCAUCUUCUUUGUCUGUAUGCAUACCUUCUACCCUGUCAGCCAGCAUGCCAAAAAAUAUAUCAGCCCAUCUGUCAACUCCUGUUCACCACCCUUUCCAGUGCUCUCUGUGCGAACGUUCCUUCAGCCAGCGAGGCUCUCUGAAUAGACAUGUGCGGAGCCAUCUUGGCGUACGGCCCUUCCCCUGCCCCCGCUGCCCUAUGACCUUUUCACGACAGUACCGUGUCACAGAGCACAUGCGUGUUCACCAGCGCUGUGUCCUUGGGAGCGACUUUCAAAAGCCUCCCGCCUCUUCAAUUUGAGACCACAGGAUUAUGAUAAUAUGUUUAAAUAUAUCGAAGAAAAUUAGGGCAUUUCUUUUAGAAUUCAGGGUAUUCAGAAUUCAGCAGUGCAGUGAAAAUAUGCCAUUCCAAAUAAGCAGUAAAGGGGAAACGAGCAGAAAAAAGUAAGUAAAGCAUCAAUCAAUAUUUUGAUGUAAACAAUAGAACACAUUCAUAGUGAUGAAACCACAGAUAAUUAUCACCCGUUGCUUCUCUCAGAUCUCCAGAGCUUUUAAGCAUCUUUCAGCUCAGUUGUUUUGGUUUUCCAGUCUGCGAAUUCACUGUUUCGGUUCACUCUCAACUCUGUUUUCAGCAAAAAAGCGAGUCAGCAGCAUUUAGCAGCUAAAGAGGAUUUCCCAAAGGUUGGGAGAGAUCAAAACAGAGCUGAAUAUUGGACUUAUAAUCGCCAGGUGGCCAGAAACACGACUCCAAAUGAAUGAUAAUGUUUCUCGGUGUCUGCUUGAUGUGUCUGUUUACGAGUUCGCCUUCUCAAAACAUCAGUUAUUGCAGGGUUAAGUUGCUCCGUCUCUGCUGGAUGUGUAAAUAGGCAAAUGUCUGCUAACAAGUUAUUCCUAUAUCAACAUAAAAGGUGAUAAUAUAUGAGUGUUGUGUCUUCUUUAGCGUUCUUUAGCGCUAAUUUUUUUCUCAGAUUAACAUUUUGACUCCAUUCCAUUCAGUGCUGUAGUGGGUGUUGUCAGCAGGCACUAAUUUAUUAUGAGAUUAAAGGUUGCAGUGACAGAAAGGUUUUGUACAGCAGUGACCUGUCACAUGGGACUCAUAUUCUCUGUUUAGACUGUGUAUGAUGUCAAACUCUUUGUUUUCAUAUGUAAUUAAAGGCAUUUGUUUUAAUUGAUUGAUGAAAACAUUAUUUAAGAGAAUUUCCAUUCCUUUAAUGAUGCAUGUCAUUGUUUCCCUUGUUCAUGGGAUGCUAUAUGGUGUGUAAAGAUUCAAAUUAGAGAUGAAUUACUUUUGUAACACUGAUAGAAGAAACUGAGCUUGAUAUAUUGUUUUCUGUCUGAUGCACAUUGUGUAUAUGAUUGUCAUGUAUAUGACAAUUUUUGUUUUGUUUUUAAUUUUCCACAACAACACUUUAAAAUAAUACAAAUUGGAAUAUGUUUGGUUUUACAAAUUAAGCUAUAAAGAUUAAAAGUUAACACAAUCUGAAGCCAAUGCAACAUAAUGAACUUGAUUGUCGUGUGAUUUGUGUUAUGUUAUUCUGUACUCAAAGUGAAAAUUUUGUACAUAUUUUUAAGACGGGCAUAUUUUAAGUUGUAGCCUGUUGUCCCUUUGUUUUCCUAAUUUGCAGUUUGCAAACUUAUGGUAACAGUUGCACAGGAAGGGUACAGACAUAUCAGGAUUUGAAUAACAUCUCACUCCCUGUUCCUUCUGUUAACAGAGAAAUUUAUUAGCGAUCUGUCUUACAUGCUGUCCUCUGUAAGUGAGGACAGUACAUUGGGUGUCAUAGUGCUUGUACUUAAUGGUGUUGCUGAAACAAGAGCUGACAUGGUAGGUAAAAAAAGUAUCAAGGGCAGCCAUGAGACUCUGUGCAUGCGCUGUCUUGUCUAUGCCAAACUUCUUCUGUAAGGGACAGAAAGGUGGAAAUACACUGCAUCGUUCGGUGUUCAACACUUCAGACAGUAAAAACACAGAGAACAGUUUGCCAAAGGUUACAUGUUUAUGGUUGGAUUUGUUGACAUUAAAUUUUCACAUUCAGAUUUUUCCACUCUGUUCUUGGAAUAAAAUGUUUCAGAAUUUA